CAUCUCUGCAGCCUCGCAUCCUUUCCAAGUGCUGGUGAAAAUCGAUGCACAUCGAAUCAUGCCUCGUAUAGCGACUUGAGUGGGCCAAGGAUUAUCAUCUCAUCACGUCGGCCUUCUCCCCGCCCGAACUUGAUGGAUUCCCGCAAAUGCUUCAGGAUUGAGGGACAUUGCAGGCGGCGAUGCCUUCAGACACAAGACCUACGCCGCAUCGUUUUCUGCAUGGCCAGCGCAAAGCGCAGCCUCCAAGCAACGAGCAGGCUUCCACGCCCAGACCACAGGAUUCACGCUCCAUCGGAAACGAUGAAGAUGCUCCUCCUCGCAGUCAAUUCGCACCGCCGCCGCGCUUUGCUCCUGGCCGGUUGAGGUCCACUGCCCCAGAUCCAGCAUUAGUAUCGCCACCCAAAUCAACCUUUGUGAAAGCGCUGAAAGCGAGCGCCCGCCCAACCGAGGAUGUUCAAGAUGUUCCAGAUGGGAAUGAUGAGGAUGACGAGAUGCUAGAUGGCGGAGAUGUAGCACAGCACGCGAAAGGGCAAGAUGAUGCGCAGUGGAGUAUCGAGACGGUGCUCUCGCCCAAGCGACGUCGAGUGGAUUACGAAGAGGAAGCAACAUCAACCGCAUGGCCUCGAUUCAAGCAGGCAGGGGCUCUGACAUCGGCCAUCUCAGAGCUACAAUCCACACCAGCAUCAACACUGGCAGAGGCGACUACUGCUCAUCGACCCGCGUUCGUCCGACCGGCCACGCAAGCGCCAGAGUCCCUCGAACCCGUGGCGGAACUCUUCUCACCUCACAGACGAGGGCAGAAGUUUGUUCCUGGAGGCAUGGCGGCAAUGGUACAGCAGUGGGUGCUUGAGACGGGUCAAGCGGCCGCGCAAAGUCGCAAAGUACAAGGCCACUCGACAGCGGAGGACUACGUGAUGCGGGGACAAAUUGAGGGGAGAGUGGAAGGAGAUGGGCCAUUCACUGCGUUUGCCACGCUGGCGAAUGGAGAUGGUAGGAGUUUGUUGCUGGUAGGGGGUGAUGGGGCAGGCAGGAGUGAGGUGCGAGAUGGAGUAUUUGUGGGCAUUCGGGCACCCGUGUGGGAUUUGGAGCUUGAUGGGAAAGGAUGGAUGGUGGCCGUGGACUGGCGAGUGUUGCGCGAGAGUUGACGAGUGUCGAUCAGGUCAACACAACACGAAGAAAGUGCAGCAUUCCAUCACUGCCAAGAUGUUGCCAACAAAGAUGCCGCGUAGUUGAAUGAUGACGUCCAUCGGAUCUCGCCAUUGAGGGUAGGAGGAAUAUUGUUGCCUUGGAGAG